GGACUUUGGUUUUGACACGGACGGCGAACGGGAGCAGUGUCUGUGGUGCUGGGGUGUGGACGCGGUUCUUGCGGAUCCCGCGUUCGAGUCGGGGGCAGGACUUUUUGUCUGGAUCAACGCAACCGCGGCAACGCAGCGAGUCCUGGUGUAGCCGCAAGACUUGGUGCAGCCGCAAGACUUGGUGCAGCUGCAGCGGCCGGAUUUCACCGCCGCUGCCGCCUCGGCAAAGCCCUGCAGCUCCUGCCGGUUCUGGGAGAGAGACUCUUGAGAGUUUCUCCAGCAGAAAGAGCUGGGACGCGCGGCCCGAGGCGGCGUGGGAGGGAUCCCGCGGCCCGCCCCUGACCCGCACCCGCGUGGGCCCUGGCUCUGAAGGCGGCGGGCCAGCGCCGUCCUGGCCUCAGGCCUCGGAGCCGCAGGUGGAAGGAGGAAGCCCUGGAGGAGCGGCUGAGAGGUGGGGCGCCGGAACGGCGGCGGGUCUGGUGGCCAAGCGAAAGGUGAUUUGGACACGCUGGGCAUGGCUAUUUAGUGUUUGUCUGUGGUAACCAUUUCAUGCCCUGAAUCCUGCACCUUCCCUUCUGUGCCUGUGAGCUCUACUGCGCUUCCUUCCUAGCCAGAGAGUUCUUCUGUGGUGGUGAGGCCUUCCUGGCCCCUUGAUCCUGGCCGGCCAUGGGGAGCACCCUGGGCUGCCACCGCUCCAUCCCCCGGGACCCCUCGGACCUGUCCCAUAGCCGCAAGUUCAGCGCGGCCUGCAACUUCAGCAACAUCCUGGUGAAUCAGGAGCGGCUCAACAUCAACACGGCCACGGAGGAGGAGCUGAUGACCCUGCCUGGGGUGACACGUGCGGUGGCACGCAGCAUCGUGGAGUACCGCGAGUACAUCGGUGGCUUCAAGAAGGUGGAGGACCUGGCACUGGUCAGUGGCGUGGGUGCCACCAAGCUGGAGCAGGUCAAGUUUGAGAUCUGCGUGAGCAGCAAGGGCAGCUCGGCGCAGCACUCUCCCAGCUCCCUGAGGCGGGACCUGCUGGCGGAGCAGCAGCCUCACCACCUGGCCACCGCCGUGCCUCUCACCCCGCGCGUCAACAUCAACACAGCCACGCCGGCUCAGCUCAUGAGCGUGCGCGGCCUCACGGAGAAGAUGGCCGUCAGCAUCGUGGACUACCGCCGCGAGCACGGGCCCUUCCGAAGCGUCGAGGACCUGGUAAGGAUGGGCGGGGUCAGUGCCGCCUUCCUGGACAGGAUACGGCACCAGGUGUUUGCCGAGAGGUCCAGGCCCCCGUCCACCCACACCAACGGGGGCCUGACCUUCACCGCCAAGCCUCACCCCAGCCCCACCUCGCUGAGCUUGCAGAGUGAGGACCUGGACCUGCCCCCAGGGGGGCCUACACAGAUCAUCUCCACUCGGCCUUCGGUGGAGGCCUUCGGAGGCACAAGGGAUGGGCGGCCCGUGCUGAGGCUGGCCACCUGGAACUUGCAGGGCUGUUCAGUGGAGAAGGCCAACAACCCUGGGGUGCGAGAGGUGGUGUGCAUGACGCUCCUGGAAAACAGCAUCAAGCUGCUAGCUGUGCAAGAACUACUUGACAGAGAGGCCCUGGAAAAGUUCUGUACGGAGCUAAACCAGCCAAUCCUGCCCAACAUCCGCAAGUGGAAGGGGCCCCGAGGAUGCUGGAAGGCCGUUGUUUCGGAGAAGCCCACGACUCAGCUCCAGAAGGGCGGUGGGUUUGCAGGGUUCCUGUGGGACACCGCGGCUGGGGUGGAACUGAGAGAUGCCACCUGGCAGGAGAGCUCGCCUGGCAAUGGGCACGGGAAGCCCACAGGCCCCAGCCCGUACCUCGUGAGGUUCAAGGUGGGAAGUCAUGACUUGACCCUGGUGAACCUUCACCUGGCAGCCCUGACCCUCCCAGGGGGUGAGAACCCCAGCAAGAGUCACAGUGACAGCCACUGCUGGGCUAGCUUCGUGCAGACCUUGCAGGAAACCCUGAAAGGCGAAAAAGAGGUGAUAGUUUUAGGAGAUUUCGGCCAGGGGCCAGACAGCAGUGACUAUGAUAUCUUGAGGAAAGAAAAAUUCCACCACCUGGUCCCCGCACACACCUUUACCAACAUCAGCACCAAGAAUCCUCAAGGCUCGAAGACUCUGGACAACAUCUGGAUCAGUAAAAGCUUAAAGAAGGUUUUCACAGGCCACUGGGCUGUACUGAGAGAAGGCCUCACGAACCCUUGGAUUCCAGAUAACUGGUCCUGGGGCGGAGUGGCUUCUGAACACUGCCCCGUGCUCGGCGAGUUUUACACGGAGAAGGACUGGAACAGGAAGGAAGGCCCUCGGAAUGGCAACGGGGUCACCCUGGAGCGAAGUGAAGCCAACAUUAAGCACGAGCGAUGAUGACAGCAAAUCAGUUUUCCACCCCCUGACCCCGGAGGCGAGACGAGUUUGCCCUUCCUGGUGAAGAUGCAGAUCCCGAACUGCCUGCCCUUUCGUCCUCGUUCUGACAGCGCCAGCGCCCGGGCCUUGACCCGCCUGCCUUCCUUGCGGAUGCUUUUGGACUCUCAUGGGGGAGGGAGCACGUCGGGCCCUCAAGGUGCUGGAUGGUCAAAUCAGAAGCCCGUGGAGAACUGGAAAGCCUCUGACCUGCGGAUGCUGCCAACCUCAGCCGCUGCCCUGGGCUGGCCACUGCGCUGCUUGGACCUCAGCUCGAAGGGAACAGCAGUGGAGGCUGCAGGCAGAGACGGAGACCUGCCCGGGCGACGCCGGGAGCUCCCGUUUCUGACCACCAGUCUGCGAUGUGCUGGCUGCAAAUUCCAUGAAGCUUUUAAAUUGAGCACUCUCCUCAAAUGUUUUGAGUGAUGAUUUUUAGUUUUGUUUUGAAAAAAUAAACAGAGAUGAACCUG